AUGUUGACUCUGCGAUUCAUCGUCGCCGUUGGAGCUUCGUGCCUCUUGAGGCUCGCUGGCGCGCAGUCGUUGGCUGAUGCUCCACAGUGUUCUGCAAUGAGCCGGCCUGCAUUUGCCAACCAGUCACAAGCGGAGUUAUGUGUCGAUGAAGGCUUCAACAACUUUGUCGGGGGUUGCGUACAACAAGGAUGUAGCGUGGUCGAGUCCCUCAUGAUACCACAAGGCCUGGGACUUGAUAUCUGGGUUCUCCACGAUUAUCAAAUUACCACCUUUCUCAGGUACCUCUUAAUGGUCCAAACACUCUACAUCUUCGUCCUCUCCAUCGUAAAGGCAUCUAUUCUCCUGUUCUUCCUCCGCAUCUUUCCGGACAAGAAAUUCAGGAUCGCAGUCUGGUGGACGCUGGCCUACGACCUCUUUGUCGGAUUCAUAUUCAUCGUCUUCAGCUUCGUCCAGAGACAGCCAACAUGGCUCAUCUGGGAGGGCUGGCGUGACAAGGAACCUCGUGGUGUCAUUCUCGACCUCAACAAAAUGGGAUUGUCACAUGGCGGCAUGAACAUCGCGCUCGAUGUCUGGAUGCUCAUUCUGCCAUUGACGCAGCUUUACAAGUUGAAUCUCAAGACGAAGAAGAAGCUCGGAAUUAUUGCCAUGUUCAGUGUCGGUAUAUUUCAGUAUCGUCCGCCUUCGCAGCCUGAUAUCAUUCGCGACAUCGGCGAAUGCGACAGCUGA